CACACACACACACACACACUACGGUCCAAGGGUCUGCAGUGUUGCUGGUUGCAGAGGUAAGGCUUACAGUAAUACAUUUAUAUGAGCGGUAAUGGAGUGACACAGUUACUGAAGCUAUUUCGGUCAUAUAUUACUGCAGAUAUGCCACAUAACACGUUACAAUCCGCAUUACUGAAGGAAGUGAAGUGUUUCCUGUUGUUUUUUAAGAAUCCAUCCAAACCAACAUGAACAUAUCGAGCCCAUACAUUCUUUUUUCAGUCUCUGUGUGACUGAGAUAAGACAAAUGAUGAAGCCUAAUCCUCUGAGGGCACUUUACUUUACAUUCUUGAAUCACAGGUACGUGUGGACAGGUGGACUUAAGAAAAAGGCAUAGAAGAAGAGAUUUUUGACUUGUCAUGUCAUUAUAGGCUGCAUUAUAGAAGGUAUAGAUCUGUUGUGUUUCAUAUGACUGAGCCUACGAUUUAGCUAUUAAAGCUAUCCAAUUAUUCUUUGAAGUUUAUUUGGGCAUUUUGUUGAACAAAACUAAAAAGUAAGUAAUUUAUUAAUCUAUGCUGACAGUAACACUGUGACAUAAUGUAUCACUGUAAAAUAAAGGAAACUAGUAAAUAUGUAAAAUAUUGCAUUUGACACACUGACGUGCGCACAACGCAUUUUCCAGCAGCAACCUCACCCACACAGACCAGACAGUUUAAAGUUAAGAUGGGACUCAAACACACACAACCAUCUUAAUUUUAAACUGUCUGGUCUGUGUGGCUGAGGCUGCUGAAGGUUGCUGCUUCAAAAAAUGUCACUGUCCUGUUCGCUUUGUCACAGUCAGAGGAUGAAAAGAUCCUCAGCUUCAGACAAGAUAUCCUGCCAAGUCCUGCCAAGUGCCAGGUGCUUGUUUGACCAGCCGUUUCAGGUGAAGGUUGGCGGGCUGAGGGUGGGACAGAUGGUCACCAUGAAAGCUGCUUCAACAGAUGAGAGGGGAGUGGCUUUCAGCUCUUCGGCCACUUACAGGGCUGAUGGUAAUGGGGAGAUCGACCUGGACAGAGACCCUUCACUCAGUGGGAGCUAUGUGGGGGUUGAACCCAUGGGUCUGCUGUGGUUGAGAGCAGACACCUUGCAUCAGUACUUUUUUAAGAAUAAAGUGAUGGAGCCCAUGGUGGUGAAGUUGUCAGUACAUGAGGGAGAGGGGGAGGGGGAGGGGAGGAUGUUGGCAGAGGUGACCAAUGAGAGGUUUCUGAUUGGAGACGGCGCCAGCCGACUCCCCAUCAAAGAGGGAAAUGUUCAGGGAGUCCUGUUUACUCCUCCAGGUAGGUGGUGGUUUUGCAUGAUCACUGUGUUGGACCUGUGCACCUUCAUGUCAGAGAAAAGAACCUCUCUGCUAGCCAACAAAGGCUUUGUGGUUCUGGUUAUAGCAGUGUACACUGAUAAGACUGACAACCUUAAUGAGAUUCAUCUGGACCGCUUUGAAGAAUCAGUGGAUUUCUUACGACAACAACCUAUGGUGGUCAGUAAAGGAGUGGGCAUAGUAUCGUGAUCAAAGGGAGCAGACAUUGCUCUUUCGCUUGCUGCCUUUGUGCCAGGUGUUCAGGCCGCUGUGUGGAUCAAUGGCUGCUGUGCCAAUGCGGGCUUACCUCUGUACUACAAGAAAUGCCAAAUCCUCUCACCCAUACUGUACGACAUUAGUAAGGUGAUUCCCACUGACAUUGUCAGGUAUGUUGUUCAAAAUCCCCUUGCGGAGGAGAACAAGGGCAGCCUGACCCCUAUCCAACACGCCAAGGGACACUUCCUCUAUGUGGUUUCAGAGGAUGACCUCAACUGGGACAGUAAGGGUUACAUGGACGACAUGGUGCAGAGACUGAAGCACCAUGGGAAGGACAAUUUUGAGACUGUGUGUUACCCUGGGGCAGGGCACCUUCUGGAGCCACCGCACGGACCGUACUGCCCCUCGGCUUUCCAUUGGCUCCUGAGAUAUCCUGUCCUGUGGGGAGGUGAGCCCAGAGGCCACGCAGCAGCUGAGGUCCACAUGUGGAAGAAGGUCCGGGAGUUCUUAAGAACUCACCUGAGCUGUGAGGCGACAAAGACUAAAGCCAUGUUAUAGAUACAAAUAGAUUGACAGGAAAGAUGAAUACCAACAAAAUCAUGACAUUGUUGUAAGCGGCAAAAUGUUUUGUUAUUGAGUUGAAAAUCUGAAAUGUUCAAUGGAAUAAAUUGUGUUGAAAGAUGAUCGCAACCUUGUGUAGGAUGACUAUAUGUAAUAAAGAAAAUGGUAAGA